AUGGUUACUCAAAAAACUGUUUUGGCUGUGACUGAUGAUGUGGUUUUACCUGUUAGCUCUGUUCUAACGAUUAUGAAAGAGCUUGGAAAGGAACCUUGUGAUCCUCUGGUUAUUACUCAAGCGUCCACAAUAAAUCAGUUUCCUUUGGAUUCUUCCUCAGUGGAUGCGGUUUUAGCCAUUUCCAAAACAUCUGAUUUUCCCAGUGAAACUAUAUACGGCGAGCUCUCGAGAAUCUUAAAGCCUGGUGGUACGGUUUUUGUGUGCACGAAUUUGGAUGGUGAAACUGGAGAUUUGCAACAGACCCUUCAAAGGAGAGUGACGUUGGCUGGUUUUCUGGAGCCACAGUCUCUUGAUUUGAAAUCAAUUAGGUUGUCUACGUCCACUUUAUCCUUUGGGAUCAAGGCAAAGAAACCUUCUUGGAAGAUUGGUUCAUCAUUUGCUCUCAAAAAGCCUGCAAAAACUCUCUUGAAGGUUAAUCUAGACGAUGACUUGGAUCUUAUAGAUGAAGACUCUCUUUUGACAGAGGAUGACUUGAAGAAGCCACAACUUCCUGUUGCCAGUGGUUGUGAGACCACUAAAAAAGCUUGCAAGAACUGUGUCUGCGGUAGAGCUGAGAUAGAGGAGAAAGCUGUAAAGCUGGGUCUCACAGAGGAUCAAAUCGAGAAUCCACAAUCAUCAUGUGGCAGUUGUGGGCUCGGUGAUGCCUUCCGCUGCGGUACAUGCCCUUACAAGGGUCUCCCACCCUUCAAAUUAGGCGAGAAGGUAUCCCUAUCUCAAAACUUCCUCGAAGCUGACAUAUAA